ACUACGACUUCUACACCCACUACGACUACUACAGCUACAACACCCACUACGACAACUACACCCACUACGAUUACAACAACCCCUAUAACUACAAUACAUAUGACUUCAACAACCCCUACAACUACAAUACAUAUGACUUCUACUACCCCUACAACUACAAUACAUAUGACUUCUACUACCCCUACAACUACAAUACAUAUGACCUCAACAACCCCUACAACUACAAUACAUAAGACUUCUACCACCCCUACAACUACAAUACAAAAGACUUCUACCACCCCUACAACUACAAUACGCAUGACCUCAACAACCCCUACAGCCAAAACAACAGUUACAACGCCAUCCACAACAAAACAAAUAAGUGCAACAACAUCAUCAUCAUCAACCAAAAUGUUUUCGACAGCUGCCUCAACGACAUCUUCGCCAACUACUAUAAAAGUCUUAAAGCUUACGACGCCCCCAUCUACCUCUGAAGUCAGAGAGAAAUGGUCACAGUGGUCCGAGUGCGACGUUUCUUGUGGCGGAGGGGUGCAGACCCGCGUGCGCGUCCAGAGGUGCUACAACAAAGGCUGUGACCCUAAAGUGGACGUCCGGCAAUGCAACAGGGAGGUCUGUCCAGUUGACGGAAAGUGGGGUGAGUGGACUGAAUACAGUAAAUGCUCAAAAACCUGCGGAAAUGCCAUCCAGAUGCGCUCCCGCACUUGUAGCAAUCCCGCACCAGCAGGUUCCGGAAAACUCUGCGAGGGAUUCGAAACUACGGAAAUAAGGGAUUGUGGCUUACCAGCCUGUCCAGCAUGUGAUAAAUAG